AUGAGAAUAUUAAUUGUAAAUGGAUAUGGGAAAUCAGAAACUGGUAAAUAAUAAUUUGAAAGAUAUUGCGGAUAAAUACGAAAAGUAAUCUUAAAAAACAUUAAUAGUUAUUUUUGAAUUAAAAAGAAUUACUGGACACAGAAACAGAAUUUUUUUCUAGAGAUGCAAAUGAUUUAGAUGAAUUCCUUUAUGAUUAAGAUUCUGGCUAUUCUAAAUAAGAAGCUGCAAAUUAAUUUAAUUUUAUAGAUUUUGUUUUUAUUGAAAUAGAUGCGAAACUUAGACCAUGGUCUAAACAUUUAAAAAAAGUUAAAACAUUAAUAAUAUAUUAGGUUAUGGUGCUUAUUAGAAUGUGCUUAAGAACUAAUAAAGUUUUAUUGGCUACAGCAGGAGCUAUGCAAGCAUUGGUUUUUUUUGUAGCUACCAACUUAGAAACUGUAUGAAUAAAUUAUUAAAAUGGUUAGCCUGUUGAUGUAGUAAAUGGUCCAUAGGGUGGUCCUCUUGGUGAUAUGAGCAAACUUUAAAAAUCACUUGAUUAAAUUACAAAGAAUGAAUAUUUUUUGGAUAGCAUAACAGGUGAUCUCUAUGGGAUCUACUUUGAUAAGAUUGAAUCUGCAAAUUGUUGGAUUCCAAUAGCCAAUUGUGGAAUACAUUCUAGAAGAGCUGUAGAAGAAUUCAAUACAGUUGGAAAGUAUAUGUUACAGGCUCCAGUUUAUAAACCUUAAAAAAUAAAAGAAAUUUAUGGACUUUAUACAUCUACAUAGGAUGAAGAAAUAUGCUUGAUAAAAAAAAACUUUGUUUAACAUUACUUAUUUAAAGAUAUUAUGUAAGAGUUCUUAGUUCAUUCUAAACAUGCAUGGGAUAUACAUUCAUUUAAUGUAUUAAAUCCAAAAAAAACAUUUGUUAUUUUAGCAGAUUCAUCAAAAGGACCUUAAGUAAUUACAGUAAAUGAAAAUAUUGUUGGUUUAUAAUUUGAUAUUAAUCCAAAAUAUCCAGAAACAUAAUUAAUUCUAAGAAACUUCAUUAUUCAUUAUUUGAUUUAAAUACGAUCAUGCAUAAAUAUGCCAUAAACUAUCUAAUAAGCUAAUAAUGAUUUAAGAAAAAAUAAAUUAGAUUUAGAGAAUAUGACUAAAUAAUAAGCAGAAAGUUAAUAAAAGGGUGAAAGAACAGCUUUUAAUUUUGAAGUGUUGACUAAAUUUAAGCAUGUAGGAUUUACAGGUAAAAAAGCAAAGAAAUUGGAGAUUGUUAUGAAUAAUGCAAUAAAUGAUUAAGGACAAUUACAAGAGGCUAUGAAAACUAUGAGAUAGAAGUAGUCUCCAAGAACUAAGUAAUCAACAGAAGAGACUGAUCUAGAGAAAUCUAAGUUUGCUAAGUUUUCAACUAAAUUAAAUCAUGAACAUAGGGAUACUACUGAAAAGUUCAAUAAAACAGCUGCUGAAAUUAGAUAAAUGUUGCAUCCAAAUAUAGAUGAAUAAUUAUUACCUGAGAAUGAACCUUUGUGGGUAUAAUUGUUAUUUAAUAUUUUAUAGGUACCUGGAACAAUGAAUACUUCUAUGUUAGCUAGUUCUGGACAAAGAAUUAGAUAAAGACCUUAAUCUACAACUUAAAGUCGUACAUUUAAAUUAACUAGAGUUCAAACUGCAAAAUCUAGAGUAUCAAAGGGUACUAAUAAAGAGGAUUAUGAUUUAUGCAGGGAACAUCCAAUUGUUAGAUGUUCAUCUCCAUAUAUUACUAAUGUAGAAAGAGAUAGAUUGGAUCAGAAAUAAAAAGAUAAAUAAAUAAUUGGGCCUAGAAGCAUUAGGACAAGUGUUAUAAGCACAAUUAAAGGUGGAACUCCAUUUAUUUUGUAUGAUAAUCCAUAUAGCAAUCCAGCAGAUUUUAAACAUAGGGAUGAAAAUAAGUCUAAAUGGGUUGGUGGCCAGAAUUUUAGAGUUUGUUGA